AUGGCAAACUUUCUUGGCGCACUGCGGCUCAUAACUUGGUUGCAUUUCUUCGUGUUUGCUUCUAGUUCUCCUCUGCUAGGAGUCAAGAAGAGGGACUUUGAAGGAAAAGAUGGACAGUUUCAUGCUUUCGUAAACAACUCGUUAGCACUAGAAAAUGGAGGAUCAAUUGCUGUGUAUUUACAAGACGUUAAGUGCCCUGAUGAAGUUGCGUCUGUGGAGAUGUUGGUUUCAUUACAUGUUUCAAGGUUUCCCUGUGCUUUCCAAUUGGAUUCUAUGACAGAGAAGAACUACAUCCAAGAAGGUGUGGUGACCUUUGGACCAAGUGGUAACAGGCUUAUUCACAACUGCUCAAUUACACACAUGCACUAUGUACAUGCCUCGGUUUCAUUUUCUCAGCCUUCAAGAAAGCCAACUACGAAAGCAUCAAAGAUGCCGACAAAUACAGCAGCACCGGCUGUGACCUCUUCAGCUACAGUAGGUUUGAUUCCCACAACUAGUCAGUCAAAAACAAAUACUAACGAAGCAAGGAAAUCUACUCCUGGGAGCUCUAGGAAGAGAAGGGGUAGUGAGAGCAACUCAUCAUCAACUGUUGAUGAGAUAUAUACUGCCGAUGCGAUAUUUCUAUAUGUGGUUGAAGUCAACAUUACAGGUCAAAGCAAGAAGACUCUUGGCGGUCAAGUUGUGGUGAGCAUGAAGAACGAACAUGGUUAUUUGUCUGUUACUGACUAUCCUUUAUGGCAGUUAUAUGCUGGUAUGAUUGGCAUCUACUGCAUCUAUACUCUUGCAUGGAUUAUCCUGAUGGCAAUGAACUGGAAAGACUUAAUAAGAAUUCAGUACUGGAUUGGAGCUCUCAUUGUAUUGGGGUUGAUUGACAACUGCCUUUUCUUGUCUGUGUAUGACACAAUAAAUAAGACUGGUCAAUCAUCUCAUCUGAUCAUCAUUGCUCAGCUGACAUUGUGUCUGAAACAAACACUUGCAGUUAUACUCAUAAUUAUAGCUAGCAGUGGCUUUGGGAUUGUCAGGCCACGUUUAGGACCAUUGUUGACUAAAGUUCUACUUCUUGGUAUCGUAUACUUUACUCUUUGUUCAACAGAAAGCUACUUGGAUGCUACCAAUGCGAUGAAUAAAGACAGCCAAAGCGAGUUGAUUGCGUCUUGUUUGGUGUAUCUGGUUGAUGCUGGUGUCUGUUGGUGGGUUGUGUGGUCUCUAGUUGCCACAAUGAGAGCUCUUAGAGUGCGUAACAAUACCAGUAAACUGUCACUUUACAAGCAUUUUGCUGUAGCCGUACUAGUUAGUGCUGGAGUUUCACUUGUUUUUGUUGUGUGGAAGCUGUGGAUAUUUGUGUCCGGUGGCUGUGUGAACGAUUUUGGUUGGGUUUGGUUGAAAGAUGGCUUUUGGUCUAUUUUGUUCUGUUUCUUGUUGCUCGCUAUGAUGAUCAUUUGGAGGCCGUCCAACAAUGCAGCAAGGUAUUCCUAUGCUCUCGUCAAUAACAAGGAUGAUGAUGACAAUGAGCAAAUGCCUUCAGAUGCUUUUGAGGGCAUGAGACUGCGUAAUGUGAAAUCGGGUGAUUCUGAGGAUCCUUUUGGACUUGAUUCAGACGAGGAGGAUGUUUUUGUUCGACGAGUCGAGAAACACAUCCCAACCAGUGGAGUGGAAGGGGCUUUGUCAAGUUUGUUGGAUUCUGAUGAAGUACUAAUGACAACUAAGUAUGAAGUGUCAAACUUAGACUGAUGACUUCUGGAAGUAACAAGUACAUAAGACUGAUGACUUCUGGAAGUGACAAGUACAUACAGUUGUGACAACAGUUUUGCUUUGUAGUUUCCUGCUGACACUUGAUAGCUGAUCUAGAGCAGUUGUAUGACAAUGUGAAUUGCUUAUCUUGAUGGAAGGUUUUUGCUUUAGUCAUAGCUACUGCACGAGUCGGCUCUGAUGUACGGUAAUUUCCGUCUGAUGCAUAAGUUUUCG